AUGCUCGGUAUAGUGAUGUUCUCUUUCAUUCUUGGUGGUGCUUGCUGGUAUAGUUCGGUCAAGCUCUAAGACAGUAGGGACAAGGAUAAACAAUCCUAAUUCCUCAAGGUGCUAGUGUUGAGCCUUGCUAAGAGAUUUGGUAAAGCGAUUACUACCUUGUUGGGCUAAUACUAAAAGCACAUUGCAGAGUAACUACCUCAGAGAUAGCAACAGCAAUGUAGAUGGCCGUCUAAGUACUAUAGUUUGUUGUAUAACUUGAUGAAUAAGCAUUUCUCUGGUGUUUAGAAGAGACCCUAUUAUCAAAAUAUGUGUGUGAAUGACUAUCAGUAUCUUGCUGUCUAUGUUUAAGAGCACAGUGUCUAUGCUAUCAUCACUAAUCAUAAGGAAUAGCUCCUAUCAGAGGAGUAUGUACCAAGUAAUGCCUUUGCUGAAUUCUGGGCUCUAUUAGGUUACGAUGAGACCUGGAUCCAAUAUCACGCAGACUGUAACUUCACACCUGCAAAGGGAGAGCUGUUCAUACUAGAUGAAGCUGAUGCAUUCAUGCUCAAUAUGAUAGAGGAAUUUAUCAAGCUUCUAAAUUAGUAUGCUUGCUAGGGCGUUAUUGCAACCCCCGAUAUUUGUGACGUCAAAUGGAGCAGUAGCUAAGAAGAGAAGCCAGCUUACAUUAAGAAAUUUUAAGUCUCUGAUCCAGUGCUUGUGAAUUACAUAGUUGAUCUUGCUUAAGAGUUCAAGAGGAUUUGUAGUGACUAUAGAGCUACUCACAUAUUUGAAGGAGAGUUUGGCAUGCGUAGCUUUGACUAUAGGUGUAAAAAGGCUAAAAUGACACUCGUGAAUGUAAGCCAUUCAUAAGCAAGCGAGGCAAUGUUGAAGCUAUGUCAAAGCUUCACCAGUAGAUAUAAAAAUUUGCUCGGUAUUGGAAAUAAGAAAACAAAGCUAACACUUUUCAAUGUUGCCACCCUCGACUAGUUCUUCAUGAGUGAGAAGACCGAUGAACAAGUGGCGGCGACAAUCAAUAUGAAGGUAUAAUGA